AGAGAAAAUUCCCGAAAAUGGCGAGAAAAAACACCAGCGGGCCAUCACUACUAUAUAGUAGCGUUGGAGAGAGAGAAAGAGAGACAAGUGCAGAACUAAUGAUAAUAAUUGGAGAGAGAGCUUCUUUGAUUUCAAUUCCCAUUGAAAAUUCCAGUCAAUAAAGAAGGACAAGAAGAAGUGGAGGAAGAAGAAAAGCUUUUUUUUUAAAGAUUUGAUUUGGAGAAUCAAAGUACACUUUCUCACCUCACAAUAAAUUCUUUCCAUUGCCCUAACUUUUCUUUCUUAAAGGUACUUGAAUUUUUUUUCAAUCUCUGUGUGUGUGCAGGUUUGGAUUAUUCUUGAGUUGACAUUGGAGGGGUUUUGAUAUAGUUUUUGUUUGGGUAAAUAAAAUUUUGAGGAAGUUUUGUAUAUAUGCGUGCAUGGUUUGUGUUAACGUUAACCAGUGAGAUUUGAAUUGUUCUGGAUAAGUGAUUCUGGGUAUGAUGGAUUUGAGAGUAAAUAAGCUUGCUUGAAUUAGGAGGGUUAUUGGAAGAGGUACAAAUAGCAAGGAAUUUGAAGAAUCGAACUAGAGCUUUUAGAUUGAGAUGGCGCUUGCUCAUACACGUAAACUGGAUGUCACAUUAUGUAAUGUUGAUCACUUGAAAUAAGGUUGGCCCAAACCAAUUAGUGGGAAUGACAUCGUUAAAGAUGGAGUUGAUUAUUCUAGCUGCAAUAUUGGCUUGUUUGCAUUCCUUUGUAUCGCCUGAUGCCCAAGGAGAUGCUCUCUUUUCCUUGAGGAGUUCUCUAAAUGCUUCAACCAGUCAGCUUAUGGAUUGGAAUCAAAACCAAGUUAACCCAUGCACUUGGUCAAAAGUUUUCUGUGACAGUAAUUCUAAUGUCAUUAGUGUAUCUCUGUCCAACAUGGGCUUUACUGGUACCUUGUCUCCAAAAAUAGGAGUUUUGAAGACUCUUGUGACACUUUCAUUGCCAGGAAAUGGCAUAACUGGUGAGAUACCAAAAGAGUUUGGGAAUUUGACAAGCCUGACAAUGUUGGAUUUGGAAAACAACCAUUUAACUGGAGAAAUACCAUCUUCCCUGGGCAAUCUGAAGAAGCUUCAAUUCUUGAUUUUGAGUCAAAACAAUCUGACAGGGGCAAUCCCCGAAUCAUUUUCAAGUCUUCUCAACUUGAUUAAUGUUCAGCUUGCGUCGAAUGGUCUCAGUGGUCAAAUACCUCCACAUUUAUUUCAAGUUUCAAAAUACAAUUUUACCAGGAACCAUUUGAAUUGUGGCAUGAAUUUGGCCUACCGUUGUGAAUCUGAUAGUGGAGGUGCUUCGAGUAAAUCAAAGACUGGAAUUAUACUUGGGAUUGUUGGCGGACUUCUAGGUCUUCUUCUUCUUGGAGGUUUGCUCUUACUUCUGUGGAAAGGCAGGCAUAGAGGCUACAAGCGUGAAGUUUUCGUAGAUGUUGCAGGGGAAGUUGACCGACGUAUUGCAUUUGGUCAGUUGAAAAGAUUUGCAUGGAGGGAAUUACAACUAGCUACAGACAAUUUCAGUGAGAAAAAUGUCCUUGGACAGGGAGGUUUUGGAAAGGUUUAUAAAGGAGUUCUUGUAGAUAACACCAAAGUUGCCGUCAAACGAUUAACUGAUUACGAGAGUCCAGGUGGAGAUGCAGCAUUCCAGCGUGAGGUUGAGAUGAUAAGUGUGGCUGUUCACCGGAACCUGUUGCGACUGAUUGGGUUUUGCACCACACCUACGGAACGCCUUCUGGUGUAUCCCUUUAUGCAGAACUUAAGUGUUGCUUAUCGCCUACGAG